GAAUAUUUGUGCUGCCUCGAACAGAAUCAUCAUCGCGAUCAGUAUUCAAUGAAAAUCUUUUGUAAUAAGAUUGAAAGUUUAUUUAAUCAAUAGUAGAAUCGUUUAAAAUAUCAAAUAUAUCUUAUAAAAUCUAGGAAUCAAUACAGAACCAUGAAUAAUACUUUGAGAAAUACAAUAAACCUUUUUUUGGGCUUUCUAUUUUUCGCCGCACUCUCUAACGUUUCAGCUGGCCUCAAAGAAGGAGAUUGUGAAGUGUGUAUAAAAACAGUAGAGAAGUUUGCUAACACAUUAGAGGAAGCUGUUAAAAAGGACCCGAAAGCAAUAGAAACUGAAUUCAGAAAAUAUUGCAAGACCACCAAAAAUAAAGAAAACCGUUUUUGUUAUUACCUCGGAGGACUUGAAGAGUCAGCAACUGGUAUUCUAGGAGAAUUAUCGAAACCGAUAAGCUGGUCAAUGCCAGCUGAAAAGAUCUGUGAAAAGCUCAAAAAGAAAGAUGUACAGAUCUGUGACCUUAAGUUUGAUAAGCAAAUUGACUUGAACACAGUAGACCUUAAGAAACUUAAAGUUCGGGAUCUCAAAAAAAUUCUCAGUGAUUGGGAUGAGACAUGCGAAGGUUGCAUCGAAAAGUCUGAUUAUAUUAAGAGGAUAGAGGAACUUAAACCUUUAUAUGCCUCAUCAGGAUCGGCAAAAAGUGAACUGUAAAUAUUCAGCACAAGCGUUUCAAAGUUCCACCCACAAUGAGGAUAAUAAUUUAUCAAUCAAACAUCAUUUCAUUGAAAUAACAUUGUUUAAAAUCAAUUUUUUUUGUGAAUAAAUGGCUAAUUGAAUUUUUAAGACUCAAAAAUA